AGCUAAAUGGAGAAAAACGGAGAAUCGGGCAACCUAGCUGGACGAAUUUAACAUCAGCCCGUGGCAACACUGAUUGUGAUAGUUUACUUUUAAAGAAUACAAAAUGUUUGGGUUUGGUUUUCUGGAAAUGCCUUGGCCAUUUAAUACCCAAUACAGGUGUUAUUCAGUCUCCAUGUUGCCUGGUCAAGAACGUCAAGAUGUUGAAAAAGGAGGAAAAAUUAUAAUGCCACCCUCUGCCCUGGAUCAGUUGACAAGGCUUAAUAUCGUGUACCCAAUGUUGUUUAAAUUGACAAACCCUAGAGAGGGACGUAUUACUCAUUGUGGAGUAUUAGAAUUUGUUGCAGAUGAAGGUAAAAUAUACCUACCUUACUGGAUGAAGGUGAUUUGCUUAACAUUGAAAGUGCAUCAUUACCUGUUGCAACCUUCUCCAAGUUUCAACCACAGUCUGAAGACUUUUUGGAUAUCAGCAAUCCCAAAGCUGUUUUAGAAAAUGCUUUGCGAAACUUUGCAUGCCUU